AUGAGAUGGCUACAACAACAACAUCCCAUGCUAACAUGGUCGCAACUCAAAUUUGAACUAAUGGAGCAAUUUGGUGGCGAUUUGUCUGCCCUACCAAUUGAGUUGUUAGCUGCUCUCCAUCAGUUAGGGCUAUUUCUGAAUGGGCUAAGGGAAGAGAUCCGAGUUCUUUUUCGCCCAAAUGAUGCUACUGAUUUACGGACAGCAAUGCGAGUUGCACGCUCUAUUACUCGCGAACUCGAUUUCCCGCACCAUGACAAACAUGUUAUUAAAUCUACAAGAGUGAAGAGGUGGUGUACGAGUUUCGGUUUGGGUUGGAAUUCAAGCCCAACGUCCGCCAAUGCAAACUUGUCUAGUCCAAGCACACAUCAUCAGACCAACCACGCCACUCCUACGCCCAUCAGUUUCCAUAAAACCACAAACGGAAAUAUUUUUAUGCCAACUUCUCAAACUCCAGGUGCCGUUCACUUGGGGCCUUUUACAAUGACCGUUGAUUGCGUUGCUUUUCCCUUGGGUGCUGUCGAUUUAAUUCUUGGGGUUACUUGGCUCCCAUCUCUGGGAACUAUCCGCGCUAGUUGGGCUACAAUGACAAAGGAGUUUGAAGAUGAUGGCCAGUGCAUAACUUUGACUGGAGACCCGACUCUUUCUCGCCUCCCAAUCUCAUUUAACUCUGUCGAAUAUUUGGAAGAUGUUGAGUAUAGAUAUAGAUAUGGCCAAAAGGAAUUAAAGGAAGGGGAGUAA